UUUAAAACCAAACUUCCUCGGAUUUUUCACUAAACCUCGCUGUCCUCUUCUCCUUCCAAUCUCCAAAAUCUUCAAUGGCCGUUCAAGCGAAUCGCAAUAUAUUUCUUCAAGAACUGUCGGAUUUCAUACCCUUGAGCGGAGAUGAAACUUUCCCAGAUUUGGCUGAUAUCAAGCCAAUGAUUACCGGAUUUCAAGGUAUCUUGCCGUCGUUUAAUGUAUCUCCGCCGUCUACGGCGCCGGAGUAUGGCAUCGGCGGUUAUAUUGGAAAUCAGGGUGUUACUCGGAAGAGACGAGCUACCCGAGAUUCGAUCAAGUUUUCCCCUGUUUUCGCAUCUCAGAAAAUUAAAAAUCAAAGCUUUAACCAAAACCCAUAUGCUCCCGGCAAUGGCGAUUUUCCGGCUCUCCGGCAAUACGAGGUCGAGAUAGACCGAAUCGUGUCGCAGCAUGCAAAGAAAUUGAAGGUUGAAAUUGAGAAGAGAAACGAGCAGAUAAUGACGGCGGUGAUCGGAGAAGGGCUGAUGAAGAAAUUAAGCGAAAAAGAAGCCGAGAUCCAGAGAAUGUGGAAAUGGAAUCUUGCGCUUCAAGAAAGGGUGAAAAAUCUGGACUUGGAGAAGCAGCUCUGGCGAGACAUGGCCCACAAAAAGGCGGCCGCCGCCGACUGUCUCCGGGCAAAUUUAGAUAAGCUCCUCUCCAGCGCCGCCGCGGUGAACGAAGAUUCGGCGUCCUCCUGCUGCGGAAGCAGCGGCGACGCCGGCGGCGGCCGGGUUUGCCGGCGUUGCGGAGUGAGAGAGUCGAGUGUUUUGCUGCUUCCUUGCCGGCAUCUCUGUCUCUGUGCAAUGUGUUUUGGGUCAAUUCCGAUUGACAAUUGCCCAGUUUGUAAUUCAAACGCCAAUGCCUCUCUUCACGUUAAUUCUUCUUCUGAUUGACCAAGAAGAUGACCAGGAAAAGAUUUUUUUUUGACGAGAGGAAAAGAUUGAAAUAUUACCAUUUUUAUUUUAUUCAUUUAUAUGACUAAUGUAUAAUAUAAUGUAGAAGAGAUCUAUUUAGAUUUUAGACCCUGGUGUAAUUAGAUUCUUUACCUCGGUGACAGAAUUCAUUUUUUCUAUAUCAUGCCUUUUUGCAAUUCUUUACUUUGGUUUCCUUCCACAUUUUAAUAUUUUUGACAGAAAGUUGGAAACCUUUUUUAUUUCCUUCCUCGUAUUUUUUAUUUUGGUUUACUUUGAUUCUUGAUUUUGUAAUAUUAGAAAGUAACUAGCAUUAUUGUCUUAUAAGGAGAAUUCAAUUUGACUGCAA